UGGAGACGCUUCUGAAUUUCGGCUCUCGCUCGCACCCAGCGAACAGGAUAUUAGAGGACAGUCACCUAUCCGCAUAUUCUCACACCGAAACAUCAUGGGGGGUGCGGCAGAUCUCCCCCAGAGAUCCUCAUCCCCUCUGAAGAGACCGGCAUCGGACUUGGAGACCGACAUACCUUCUAGCCAGAAAGAUGAUGUUGACAUGAUUCCCGUUCCCAGCUCCGAACCCACUAGGCAAACAGAAGAUUCCGCAGAACAACCUGAACCUCGAGCAGCCUCUGUUGAUAUGACUCAGGACGAAGGAAAUGAUGACGAAGUUGCUAAAUCUGAAAUGAUUGAAGCAAACGAGAAUGCGGCCCCGGCGAAGUCUGCAGAAACAGAAAUUCCUCCCAUCGAUGUACAAAUCAAAACCGUUACGACUAUCUACGAGGCCGCUGGCGAACGUCAACCUAAUGAAGGAGACGAGGUCUACCUGGUUUCACGGCGAUGGCUUGGAAGGGUAAUCAGUCGAGGCUCAGACUCCCGAAAGAAUAGCAAGGUCGAACCUGAUGGCGAGAUUGGACCAGUCGACAACUCGGAUAUCGUGCAACAAAUCAUUACGGAUGCCGAGGAGAAACAAUUUGUGCAACUGAAGCCUGGCAUGGCGGACAACUUCGUGCUUUUCCCUCAAGAAGCCUGGGAUCUGGUCAUGGAAUGGUAUGGCAUCAUGCCUGGCACGCUGCCCAUUGUUCGAGUCGCACAUAAUACGAAUCCCGACAAGAAUGGUAUUCCCAAUGUCCAAUACGAGUUCAAUCCGCCAGUCUUCAAGAUACACCGGCUCUACUCGGACAAUGGCAUCAUCAUGGUCUCGCAAGUUAUGAAGGCUACAAAUCCUGCUGCUCCACUAUUCGUAUUCAGCCAAUCCACGAAGUAUGUCGACUUUUUAAGCAAGAUCAAGCGGAAAGCAGGUAUCGUCCCGCUGAACAGAAAGGUCCGGAUCUGGCGUGUACCAAGAUUACAGCCUGCUGCAGAACCACUUGCAACUCCUGCAAAUGCCGCAACACCCCCUGCUUCGAGACCCAGCUCUCCCAACCCAGGAGACUUGAUUGGCCCUGUACAACGUGCUCCUCAAGACUCGUGGACCCAAAUGCUCUUAGACGUACCCUCUUUCACCCAACUUAAAAGAAACACUGAGAGAGAGCUGGUUGAUUUUAAAGAUCACAGUGCCAACUCGAGUUAUAACGGCAAUAUGGAUCUAUCCAUGGCCGGAUUAGGGGAGGAUCAGACUAUUGUCAUCGACGAACUUGUCCAGGGUGAGAACAACUUCAUCUCAAAUUUCAUAGCCAAAGGAAGCAAGACCACUGCAGCAAGUUCAAGUCGAAAUCUCGCCACACCCAGCCAGACAAAUAGCGGUCGCACUAGUCCUGCUCCAACUGGGCCAAUGACUCGCGGCCGAACCCAAAAAGCUGGCAAGCCGCAAGGUGCUGUCGGUCUUGGUAAUAUGGGAAAUACGUGUUACAUGAACUCUGCUUUACAAUGCCUUCGAAGUGUUGAAGAGCUCACCAAGUACUUUCUGGUUGGCGCCGCGGAGAAAGAGAUAAAUGAAGACAACCCUCUCGGUAAUCAUGGAGACGUCGCAAGAGCUUACGGGCAUCUGCUACAUGAAAUAUACAGAGAAAAUCCGCCUAGUACCGUUACACCGAGGAGUUUUAAGAACACCGUCGGGAAGUACGCUCCUUCGUUCUCUGGUUAUGGUCAACAAGAUUCACAGGAGUUUCUGGGAUUUCUUUUGGAUGGACUCCAGGAAGAUCUGAGCAGAGUGAAGAAGAAGCCAUAUAUUGAAAAGCCCGACUCCACAGAUGAAAUGGUCAAUGACCCUCAGGCGAUCCGUGAGAUGGCAGCCAAAGUAUGGGAUAUCACGAAGCAACGAGACGACUCUGUAGUAGCAGAUCUCUUUACUGGCAUGUACAAAUCAACACUGGUUUGUCCUGUCUGUUCAAAAGUCAGCAUUACAUUUGAUCCAUUCAACAACUUGACGCUACAAUUGCCAAUCGAGAAUUCUUGGAGCCACCAAGUCUUUUAUUUUCCCCUGAAUGACAGACCUGUCCGUUUGUCAGUUGAUAUUGACAAGAAUGCUUCCAUUGCUGCUAUGAAAGAGUUUAUCUCUUCACGAGUUAACGUUCCCACGGAAAGACUCUUCUCUGCCGAACAAUUCAAGUCGAAGUUCUACAAGAUUCACGACGACACGAAAGUGGCUUCGGAGGAGAUCAGUACUAACGAUGAGAUUAUGAUAUACGAGCUUGAGGCGAAGCCAACAAAUUGGCCCGCUCCCAAGAAGCCUAAGAAGCCUAAGAAGUCAUUCUCGCUCUCUUAUAACAACACCGAUUCUGCGGAAGAGGAUGACGUACCUGGAUGGGAAGAUCCAAUGGCUGAGAUGAUGCUUGUCCCUGUAUUCCACCGCCGCCCAAACAACGCAGAACGCAACACACGUGGAUACUCACGAAAGCCAUGGGCCAUUGAACCUGUCCCACAUUUCAUCAUGCUGAGUCGAGAUGAGGCUAAGAGCGAGGAAAUGAUCAAGCGGAAGAUCUUGGAGAAGAUCGCAACAUUUUCCACGCAUCCAGAUUUUGAAGAAGAAUACGAUGCAGACAGAAGUGUUGCCGAUAGUGCCGACGCAGAUAUAGUCCUCACGACAGGCUCUGAUGCUGACUCCUCAGGAGGUAGCAAAGUCGUCGCAAAUUCUAUCGAUGGAGAAGAUGAAUUGGUUGAUGUGGUCAUGAAAGACUCGUCCCCUAAGACUGCCACAGCACGUUUCAAUACUCGUCGGCCAAAAUUCGUUGCACCAAACUCAUUCUUGACCCCAUCUCUCCAAAACAUGUUUGAUGUUGGUUUCUUCUCGGGCGCCAAGGAAAUGAUUCCUACGGGUUGGAACGUCGUCGAUGAAGAUAAGACCUUCCCGAACAUCAACACCAGAGCUCCACAACAGCCCAUCUCCAAUGAUCAUGAAACAGGCUCUGAAAACCUGUCUACCAAUAGUCGAACUCAGUCGGAAUCCAGCGAGGAGGAUGCUUACUCUGCCAAUGGUGUCAUUUCGACAACCCGAAUGGCUGAAGAAGAAUCGAGUGAUGAAGAUGCUGUACCGCCAGCUGUAAAAGUUCUUCCCGUGCGACCGGCCGGACCAAAAUCUGGGGUUAGAGUAGGUUACAACAAACGUCGCGCGAAAGGAAUCAAAACUUACUCGAAAAAGGGUAUGCAGUCAGCACGAAAACUCCGAGACUCAAGCUCCACUGCAUCAGAAACUUCUGAUCAAGGUCCUUUGGUCCGUCUCGGCGAAGGCCUGGUUGUCGACUGGAAGUCAGAUGCUUGGGCUGCUAUGUACGGCAAAGAUGGCCCUGAUGACAACAUGCGAGGCGACAAUACUUGGGUCAAUAUGCCAGAUUUCGAGGAUCCCGAGCUUGCCGCCAAGCGAGCAGCCCGUCAACUUCGCCGAAAGAACGGCAUUACACUCGACGAUUGUCUCGAUGAAUUUGGUAAAGAAGAGAUUCUCUCUGAGGCGGACACGUGGUAUUGCCCCCGUUGCAAGGAACACCAACGGGCAAGCAAGAAGUUUGAGCUCUGGAAGACGCCCGACAUCCUUGUCAUGCAUCUGAAGCGAUUCAGCAAUAAUAAUUACCGCCGUGACAAGCUCGAUGUCUUUGUUGAUUUUCCAAUUGAGGGUCUCGACCUGAGUUCGAGGGUCAUUGAAACCGAAGAAGGCAAGCAGGAGGUUUACGAUCUUUUUGCUGUCGACGAUCACUGGGGUGGCCUGGGAGGUGGACAUUACACGGCAUUUGCGAAGAACUUCUACGAUAAUGAGUGGUGGGAAUAUAAUGACACUUCCGCCGUGAAGCAAAGAGAUUCAAGUCGGGUUGUUACCUCAAGUGCAUACCUUCUCUUCUAUAGGCGCAGAUCAGACGUCCCACUAGGCGGACCUCGCUUUCAGCAAAUUACACGAGACUUUGAAAAUCCUGGUGAGCGCUCAGAAGACGAUGCGUCAGAAUCGGGGGAAGGCCAGGGCCUCGUCGGAAACUCUUCCCUUCGUGGAUCGCCGAGCGCUUUGACAGGAGUAGGAGCAGCUCGCCAUCAGCCAAAUCGUGGUUCACCGGAUGGCGAGGGGACGAUGACAAUAAAUCCCUCGGCCCUUGAGAAGCUGCCUGCCUAUGAAACCCACGAAGAAUUGCUAGAAUAUGAGGAUGACGACGCAGACUUGAAACCUCUACUCUACGGCGAUCAUGCUCCUCCACCCUCCACUCUACGUCCCAGCAUCGAAGACGAAGGCAUCGACAUGAGUAUGGGAUAUAAUGAUCUCAAUUUCUCCAACAAACAAGGCAUCCUGACACAACAAGGUGACUGGACCUUUGCCAGUCUCAAUGAUAUUGGAUCAAAUUCGCGCGGCGAGCACAUGGUUUCUGGAACUGGUUCUGACAUUGCAAGUGACGAUGUUCAGCACGACUCGUCUGCCAGUGAAACCUCGCUGCGAGAACGCUACGCAGAGUUUGGCAACACAAUCGCUGAAGACGACGGUGCUCCGUUUGUUGACCAGAGUCCUGUACCUGACCUGGAUGAAAUGGGCCAAGCUAGUGCCAUUGCUUUACAAGCAGAUCUGUUGGACAAUAUGAAUCGAGGCGUGUACCCAGGACAAGAAUUUGAAGUCACUGCCGAGGAUGAACGUUUUGAAGUCGAGGAGCCGGCCGUUGAGAUUCACGUCAAAGACAAUGAAGAUUUGAAGAUGGAUUAAGAGGUCUGCAUUUCUGGUGGCGUUGGUGGUUGGGGUGUUGUGUGAUAGACUUGGAACUGAACAUAUGACUUGCAUGGCGGCGCCUCGAUGCUGCUGACUUUUGCUUCUCCGAGCAGUUUUGA